AUGCCUACUGAGACAGUUUCUGGAGGGCCGCAGGUAUCCUCAGCCCGAGGUAUCAAUGCUUAUGGAAAUACCUCAGUGGUACAGAUAGGUAAUAUUUCAGGCUAUAUUGAUACACCAGACCCGCCAACGAUUAUCAGCUAUUUGCCUGGGCUGCUGUACAAAUUUAGCUGUAGCUAUCCACUGGAAUACUUGGUUAACAAUACACAGCUUGCUUCGUCAUCAGCUGCUAUUUCUGUAAGAGAGAACAAUGGUACAUUUAUCAGUACUUUGAAUUUGUUGCUUUACAAUGAUUCAACCUACAGCCAGCAGCUCCUUAUUCCAAGUACAGGUUUACCUUUGAAAACCAAAAUAUAUGCAGCUGUAAGAGCAACCAACCUUGAUGGCAGGUGGAAUGUUUUAAUGGACUACUGUUACACCACACCAUCUGGUAAUCCUAGCGAUGAUGUUCGAUAUGAUCUUUUUUUCAGCUGUGACAAGGACCCACAGACAACUAUAAUUGAAAAUGGCAAGAGCCAAAUGGGCCGGUUUUCCUUUGAGGUGUUUCGCUUUGUGAAGCACAAGAACCAGAAGAUGUCUACGGUCUUCCUUCACUGCGUGACAAAGCUGUGCAGAACAGAUGACUGUCCCUUUCUUGUGCCAAUUUGCAGUAACAGAGAAAGAAGAGACGCUGGUGGGAGGACAACUUGGAGCCCUCAGAGCACCUCUGGCAAUGCUGUAAUCACUGCUGGCCCCAUCAUUACGAGGAGUGAUGAGAUGCCAACCAACAAUUCACAAUUUGAUCAUCCAGAUGGACCUCCUUUCCAGCUGAACUCAAUCACCACUGCACUGAUUUCAGGCAUUGUCAUCCUAGGAAUCACAAGCAUUUUCUUUUUUGUAUGUUCUCUCACUCUUCUGCACAGAAAGUGGCCCAGCAGUUCAGUCUUGACUGGCGUCCAAAACCCAAUUUUCAACUGA